CUGUACCUCUGCAAAAGAUCAAUCUGCCUCCUGUCAGGGAGAAUCGGGGAUAAAAAAAAAAUCCUCAGUGGAGUGGAAGGCUACAGGUUAGUGAGACGGAGUGAAGAAGGAGAGAGAUUGAGACGAAAUGACAAUGACGGUAAGGGACCGAAGCCCUCGGGUGCGUACGUGUCACAGUUGUUUAUUCUUAUAAACGUCUUUAAACGCAUCACACGCCCUGAUGCCUACACACACACACACACACACACACACACACGUCUGUCUCUGCUCCGGUUCCUCCGGCUAGCGUGACCAGUGAGAGAGAAGAGAAGAGAAAAGAAAGAAAGAAAGGAGGGAGAGUGUGUUAAGACUCUUCUCCCCACACACACACAGAGUAUGAAACUUGCUGGCACUUCUCAGAAAUCUUGAUGUGGAUUGUGAGUCCAGCAGUGUGGGAGGAGAAGAGUGUGUGUGUGUGUGUGGAGGGGGAAGAUCUUGGUCCUAUGAUUUUGGAGCACCACGUUUCAUCAAGAGAGCAGAAUGCUGGCAAAGCUGCAGAAGGUGGCGUGGAUUUUGGUGGCUUUUCGGUUCUGUGGAGUCGUCAGGCUCACUUUCGGCAAGGAGAUGAAAUCUCCGAACGGUCGGCCCAAGCCCAUGUCGCCCUCCGACUUCCUGGACAAGUUGAUGGGAAAGACAUCAGGCUAUGACGCUCGAAUCAGACCCAAUUUUAAAGGGCCUCCUGUAAACGUCACAUGCAACAUCUUCAUCAACAGCUUUGGCUCUGUCACAGAAACAACUAUGGACUACCGCUUGAACGUCUUCCUCCGGCAGCAGUGGAAUGACCCUCGUCUGGCGUAUAAGGAGUACCCUGACGACUCGCUCGAUCUGGACCCUUCCAUGCUGGACUCCAUCUGGAAACCUGACCUGUUCUUUGCCAACGAGAAGGGCGCCAGCUUCCACGAGGUCACCACCGACAACAAGCUGCUGAGGAUCUUUCAGAACGGGAACGUCCUCUACAGCAUCCGGCUGACCCUGAUCCUGUCCUGCCCGAUGGACCUGAAGAACUUCCCCAUGGACAUCCAGACCUGCACCAUGCAGCUGGAGAGCUUCGGCUACACCAUGAAUGAUCUGAUUUUCCAGUGGUUGGAUAAAGGUCCUGUGCAGGUGGCUGAUGAUUUAACGAUGCCUCAAUUUGUUCUGAAAGAAGAGAAGGACCUGGGAUACUGCACCAAGCACUACAACACCGGUAAGUUCACUUGCAUCGAGGUGAAGUUCCACCUGCAGAGGCAGAUGGGAUAUUAUCUGAUCCAGAUGUACAUUCCCAGCCUGCUGACCGUCAUCCUGUCCUGGGUUUCCUUCUGGAUCAACAUGGACGCCGCUCCCGCCCGAGUCGGCCUGGGCAUCACCACCGUCCUCACCAUGACCACGCAGAGCUCCGGCUCCAGGGCCUCGCUGCCCAAGGUGUCCUAUGUGAAGGCGAUAGAUAUCUGGAUGGCCGUGUGUUUGCUUUUCGUCUUCGCCGCCUUGUUGGAAUACGCCGCUGUGAACUUCGUCUCCCGGCAACACAAAGAGUUCUUCAGACUCAGGAGGCGACUGCAGGAAGAACAGCGACAAAGAGCCGCUGCAGGACAGUUUGUUGGAGCCGAGGCGAAAAGCAAGAGCAAUGACAUUACAGGCAGCACAACAUCCUACAGGAACACAAAACACUGCAGUGCUUGUGCACGGGAGUUAGCUCAACACAAUCAGGAUUUCUUCUUGUCCAGUUUCGGUCUGGAUGUCCAGCUGUCUGGAGACGGUCCACUCUCUGAGACGGCAGCCAUGUUCGCCGCUCUGCCCCCGGGUCACUCGCUGUUCCAGAUCCGCCGGCGGUUUAUUGACCAUGCCAAGCGCAUUGACACCAUCUCCCGCGCCAUCUUCCCCCUCAGCUUCCUCAUCUUCAACGUCUUCUACUGGCUGACCUACAAAGUCCUGCGUAACGAGGAGCUGCACUCCGUCCUGUGAGAGGAGAGAACCCAAGGACAGCACACAACAACACACAACACAACUCACAACACAACAAACCACAACACAACACACAACACACCAAAAACACAACACACCACACAACACUACACACAACACAACAAACCACAACACAACACACCACACCACAAACAUAACACACCACACAACACUACACACAACACAACAAACCACAACACAACACACAACACACCACAAACAUAACCCACCACACCACACCACAAACAUAACACACACCACACAACAACACUACACACCACACCACAAACAUAACACACACCACACAACAACACUACACACCACACCACAAACAUAACACACACCACACAACAACACUACACACCACACCACAAACAUAACACACACAACACAAC